AGAAUGUUCGAGAUAAAGGAGAAAAAAAUAAAGAAGGCGUUAAUUUACAAAAACACACAUUUUGUACGUAGUGAUGUGAUCAAUUUCAUAAAUUGUUAUAGAAUUUCACAGUUUUCCAGAGUAUGGAUAAGGAGGCAUGCUGUGCUUACGUGAUUGUGCUGAUGGCAGUAUACUGGUGCAGCGAGGCUUUGCCUCUGGCCGUCACUGCCCUCAUGCCUGCUGUCCUUUUCCCCAUGUUUGGCAUCAUGACCUCCAAAGAGGUGUGUAUGCAGUACCUGAAAGACACCAACAUGUUGUUUGUGGGUGGACUGUUGGUCGCCGUAGCAGUGGAACACUGGAACCUGCACAAGCGAAUCGCUCUGAGAGUUCUACUUAUUGUCGGGGUCCGGCCUGCACUCUUGAUGCUUGGUUUCAUGGGAGUGACGGCCUUCCUGUCCAUGUGGAUCAGUAACACGGCCACAACGGCCAUGAUGGUGCCCAUCGUGCAGGCUGUGCUUGAGCAACUCAACACCCAUGAAAUGGAGAUGCCAGAGAUCCUCUCCGCUGAGGAGCCCAACCACCCAGCUGAGGCCGAGUACAAACAGUCUGGGAAGCAGAGGGAUGGGCAAGUGGUAGUGAAUGGGCUAGAUGCAUCAGUGGAGGCCACCAGGCGGAUGGAGGCCCAGGAGAGAAGGUGGAUGUGUAAAGGCAUGACCCUGUGUGUUUGCUACGCUGCCAGCAUUGGAGGAACAGCCACCCUCACCGGCACUGGGCCAAACCUAGUACUCAAGGGCCAGAUGAACCAGCUCUUUCCUCAGAAUGGCGAUGUCAUCAAUUUUGCCUCCUGGUUUGGCUUUGCUUUCCCAAACAUGAUCCUCAUGUUGACCAUGGCCUGGCUCUGGCUCCAGUUCGUCUUUAUGGGAUUUAACAUCAAGAAGACAUGGGGCUGUGGUGCUGAGAAAUCCGAGAAGGAGAUUGCUGCCUACAACGUCAUCCGUGAGGAGCAUCGGCAACUGGGGCCCAUGUCCUUUGGCGAGUUGAGCGUGCUGGGUCUCUUCACCCUGCUGGUGGUGUUGUGGUUUACCCGCGACCCUGGCUUUGUGGCAGGAUGGGCCACCCACAUGUUCAACUCAAAGGCAGAAUACGUGACAGAUGCAACUGUGGCAGUCUUCAUUGCUGUAUUGCUCUUCGUCCUCCCCUCAAAACCACCUCAGCUAAUGCAGUGGUUGUCAUGUUUUAACGCAGACUCGCAGGCCACACCUGCUCCUGUCCCAGCCCUGCUCAGCUGGAAGGUGGCCCAGAAGAAGCUGCCCUGGAACAUUGUGCUCCUUUUAGGAGGAGGGUUCGCCCUAGCCAAGGGUAGCGAGCUAUCGGGCUUGUCUAAGAUGAUGGGAAAUCACUUGACCCCUCUACAUAGUAUUCCUCCCUGGGCUAUAGUCAUCAUCCUCUGCCUCCUGAUCGCUUCGUUCACCGAGUGCACCAGCAAUGUGGCCACUGCCACACUUUUCCUGCCCAUCCUGGCCUCCAUGUCCCAGUCCAUUGGAAUGAACCCUCUGUAUGUCAUGGUGCCCUGUACUCUCAGUGCCUCAUUCGCCUUCAUGCUUCCAGUGGCCACCCCUCCCAACGCCAUUGUGUUUUCCCAUGGCUACCUCAAGGUCUCCGACAUGGCCAAGACUGGCGUAGUGAUGAACAUCAUCGGAAUAAUCUGCAUCACGCUGUCCAUCAACUGCUGGGGGCGGGCCAUGUUUCACCUUGACUCCUUCCCUGCCUGGGCCAACAUGACUGCCGUGUGAGAGGCAGCGCUGGCAAAGACUCAUGGGAAAGUGCUCAGGGGUGCUGCUCUUGUCCUCUUUAUCACCGGGGACCUGAGAGGAGUGAGGCGGCACUGAGAGACUCUCAGGCUGACUGGGAGAGGAGGAUGCUCCAGAGUCUGUUUGGUCUGCUGUAGUGUCACUCAGUCAAGCUUGUGUAGUCAGUCCUGUAGGAUAAUGUUUAAUUGACCUAUUCCAGAUAUGCUGUAUUAUUUAGCAUCUUAAAAAUAUCUGGACGUGCCUAUGAAAGUAUUGCAAAAAGGUGAAAUGUUUUUAACUGGGUUUUAACCAGGUGCUUUGUUUUUUUCAGUGACAUACAAUUGGACUUGAUGUAUUUGAAGUGUGAACUGUGUCUACACAGUCAUUUUUACCUAAUAUUCAGCUUUUUACUUAAAGAUAAAAAAGAGUGAACUAUGUAAUGGCUUUGCUUCUAGGUUGCAAUGCAUGGGGAAUCUCAAUCCUGCAUUACUUCGUCUUGAGUCAGUAAUAUACUAUGCAUUAAGUAAUAUCUGUAUUUUUCAACUUUUUACAUUUGGACUAUUUUGACAUGGUGCUAAACGGUUCCUAAAUUCUGUACAUGCAUUACAGACUAUGUGCCUUCAAGACUUGGUGCUUAUCAUGGCACUUAAGAACCAGCCCCUGCAACCUACUCGCUAUUUUAUAAUCUAUGCUUCCGCCAUUUGCAAUGUUUGAGUUUUCGUUGUCUUAAAUUAUUCAUAUGGAUUCUUUGGCAUUUCAAUGUACUUUCCUACUUUCCUACAAUGUACUUACUUGGAUAAUUUCCAAGUUCCAAUGCAUUUCAAAUCCCCCAUAAGAUACUGUAUAAAGAAUGUGUAUGCCAUUGAUAUGAUCAUCCAAUUUUAAGUCAAUGCAAUGAAAACUGAACAAAGGUGUGAAUAUGUUGUGUUGUGGAUAUUUAUUAUACACAAUGUAUAAAAUAUAUUGACACUUUAUGAGAUGUUGCCAUUUUGAACCACAACUAUCAAACAUGUUAUGAAAAAAUGCACUCUACUUAUACACAAUUGUCAUAUUUGACCAAUACAGUAUGUCAUGAUUCAAUGUCUUCACUUUAACAUUUAUAUUGAAUGGUUCUCCAUAGCAUUUCAUGUGUUUUAACAGUAUAAAAUUACAUAUGCAAUGUACACAUCUGUGAUUAACUUUUUAUUAAUAGUCUGCUCUGAAAAGACAAGACAGACUAAGGUGUGUACUGUAUAUGUGUGUGAAAUUUAAGUCACAGGCAAAAGGAUUUCAGUUUCAACUGAGUCACCUA